GAUCCAAUGGUUUCCGCAUUGUUGCUGCUUUCUUGUUGGAGGUGGCGCUGCAAGAGAUCGGCGGUGUUGGUCGAGAAUUUGGCUGUCAAUCGGCGUUUGUUGGGGUCAAUCACUUUGUAGGCCGGAGCAGUGUGUGCAUCACUUCCGUAACUGAAUUGAUAUUCAGCGCUAUGGCUAAGUUCAAUAUUACAAAGUCCUGAUCCUGAUCUAGUAUCUUUGUCUUCACCAGGGCAUGUCUUGUCUGUGUUUGAUACGGUAUUCCUGCAAUAACAUUGCGUGUAAUAUGAAGGACCCGCAUCAUCGAAAUAAGGGCAAGACAAAAGGAAAUGGCUAUAAUUCUCUGCAUGGCACCUAUUAUUGCAUUCUUGCGCGUUUUGUUCGUCCCCAAUAGAUGUCUCAGAUGCCACAUAGACAUCUAUUGGUACCGGGUAAGAAUCCGUAAGUGUUGCGCAUCCCAUCAUCUGAAACUUCGGGGGGGAAAUCACUUUGUAGACCGGAGCAUCGUUGUUACCUCCGUAACCGAAUCGAUAUUCAAAGCGAUGGUUAAGAUCUGCUAAGCAACCAUUAAAUUUGGCAUCAUCUGUGGAUUCACCUUCGCAAAAUUCUUCAUCAGUCUUUACGGUACUCGUAGUCCCGCAAUAACAACUUAAUAAAUAGUGGGUUUUCGC